UAUACUUUUGUCAGAAACGUUACAAGUAAAAAUUCCACGACUGACUGCCACGUGUAAACUUAUCUCAAAAGGGUCCUACAAUACCAUAAUGACGUCAUCUCUUACACCACUCUCUGAAAAUUUCCUCCGCCUUAUAAAAAAACUCGAUUAUCGUCUUCAUUUAGUGGCCAGCCACCGCCAUGAAUAUUGCUCAGAUUAUCUUCUUCGCGUCCCUUCUGCUACCACUCCACGCAACAACGUUGGAACAUCAAAAUUCGAACGCUGGUGAUGGAGACACCAUCAUAUUCACCACUCUAGGACGAUCCCGCUACGAAUUCGACAUAUUCACCCUCUCAACGACUCAUCCACCGUCCGAUUCCAACGAGCUCCGAAUAACCGAUGGAGAAUCCGUAAAUUUCAACGGCUAUUUCCCGUCUCCUACUCCGGCGCUAAUCUCUCUUCUUCCCGACGAAACCCUAAUUCAAAUGGAAGAUUCGUCUCCUCUGCAUCUCAUCUACGUCACCGAGAGAAACGGUACUUCUAGCAUUUACUACGAUCUAAUUUACGGCGGCGACUCCGAUUCUAAAAUGAAACGACGAUCGGUGUUAGAAGCACCGUCUCGAGUCCAAGUUCCGUUGUUAUCCGGAUUUGAUCAUCAGAGUGGCAUGACGGUAAAUUCGUUUAAAGAUAAGCCUAGUUUGAGUGGUGAGUUUCUUGUCUACGUGUCAACUCACGAAAACUCAGGUGAGCCGAGAACAAGCUGGACCGCCGUUUACUCUACCGAGUUAAAAACUGGGUUAACCCGGCGGUUAACACCGAGUGGUGUAGCUGAUUUUAGCCCGGCGGUGUCGCCUUCCGGAAAUUUAACAGCCGUGGCUUCGUACGGAGAGAGAGGCUGGACAGGGGAAGUUGAAGAGCUUAGUACGGACAUAUAUGUAUUCUCGACUCGGGAUGGGACUCACCGUGUCAAAGUGGUGGAGCACGGUGGUUGGCCAUGUUGGGUCGAUGAGACGACUCUUUAUUUCCAUAGAAGAAGCGAGGAGGAUGGUUGGAUCAGCGUUUACCGAGCUAUCUUACCUGAAAACGGACCGUUAACUACAGAGUCAGUGACUAUACAACGAGUCACACCACCGGGAGUUCAUGCUUUCACACCUGCCACGUCUCCAAACAACCACGAGUUCAUAGCGGUGGCUACAAGGAGACCAGGCUCGGAUUAUCGCCACGUGGAGUUGUUUGAUCUAAAGAGGAAUGAGUUUAUUGAGUUGACUCGUUUGGUGGCGCCAAAGAGUUAUCACUUGAAUCCGUUCUUGUCCCCUGAUUCGUCUCGAGUCGGAUAUCAUAGUUGUAGAGGUGAGGCUAAUGGACGGAGAAGUCCUCUGCUUUUCCUAGAGAAUAUUCAAACCACCACAACAGACCUCUCUCUCUUUAGAAUCGAUGGUUCGUUUCCUUCAUUCUCACCAGGAGGUGAUCGUAUCGCAUACGUCAAAAUGCCUGGUGUGUUUGUGGUGAAGCCAGAUGGUUCAGGGCAGCGUGAAGUGUACAACGGAAUGGCGUUUUCGACAGCUUGGGAUCCGGUUCGACCUGGAGUUGUGUACUCUAGCUCAGGUCCAACGUUUGCUACAGAGAGAACAGAGGUUGAUGUCAUCUCUAUUGAAGUCGAUGCAGCUGAUAAGUCAUCUUCCGUGAGGAGGCUAACGACAAACGGGAAGAACAAUGCUUUCCCUUGGCCAUCUCCGGAUGGUAAGCGGAUAGUGUUUCGUUCGGGGCGGACUGGUCACAAAAACCUCUACAUAAUGGAUGCUGAGAAAGGCGAAAGCGGUGGUCUAUGGAGGUUAACCGAAGGUGCGUGGACUGACACAAUGUGUAACUGGUCACCGGAUGGGGAAUGGAUCGCGUUUGCAUCCGAUCGAGAAAGCCCUGGCUCGGGUAGUUUCGAGCUCUUCUUGAUCCACCCCAACGGAACAGGGUUAAGGAAACUCAUCCAAAGCGGGACAGGUGGGAGAACAAACCACCCAAUCUUCAGCCCGGACAGUAAAUCAUUAGUCUUCACAUCUGAUUAUGCUGGGAUCUCAGCGGAACCGAUCUCGAACCCGCAUCAUUACCAGCCAUACGGUGAUAUCUUCACGGUGAAAUUAGAUGGCUCUAAUUUGAGAAGGCUGACGCAUAACUCUUAUGAAGAUGGGACACCGGCAUGGGCCCCUCGGUUCAUCCACCCGAACAAUGUGGUGCUGCAAAGGAGGAACAAUUCUAGGUGCUCGUUUGAAGACUGUCACUGGCUAAACAAGUACCCUACACUAAAAGGCCGAAAAAUAUCUUGUUAAUAUAUAUGAUUAGAACAGAAAUGUAUCCCAGCGUGUAACUCUACUACUUAUAGAUUUGUAUGAGACUGCCAAUGUAUAUGUAUAAGACUCUGUAUUAAUGAGAAUAUGAGAUCGUUAAUGUAAUAAUAUCAUAAUGUCAAAA